CACAGGUUGCAGAGCACACGCUCCCUCCAGACACAAAUUAUAACACUUUAACAGCUUCAAAUGUGUGUUUUAGUCACCUUUUUCCUUUCACGGUGUGGAAAGCACUAUCCAAACUGACCAUGUGGAUAUUAUAUUUGCCUCCGCUCUGAUCUUCAUUGGAUUACAAGGGACUCAAUUUUUUGCAAUUUUCUUUAAGUGCACAAGAUGGAAUCUCAGAGGUUUUUACUUCUCGUUUGUCUCACGAUGUGCGGCAGAGACAUUGAAAGUGCUUCUGAAAUGUGCACAGGAGCUCACUGCCAGAGGCUGCCAGAUCAUCAAAGCAGAUCGCCUCAUGUCCAGAACCGAUAUUCAAUAUACGCUCCAAGACGCCCCUCGGUUCCCUACACUGUAAUACAUCCCAGCAGAACCGGCAGUCAGAGAGAAAAUCCGAGGACCAUCACGGCUGAGGUGUUGAACCCACAGGGUGGAUGUACGGGUGGAGGUUGCCAUGGCUCGCAGAGACCAGCAAAUAACCACACAAAAGAGUGCAAAGGCAUCGGAUGUAAACUGCCUGUAAGGAUGCGACAAGAUGCCAAACAGCAUUCCUGUGUUGGAGACGCCUGCAGCACAGGGUCAGAUGUUGGAAGGAGCAGACUUUCUUUUGUCCAUAUGCAGGACAGAGCCGAGCAAGUAUCGGUGGAAUUUCCGGAGUUGGGGACUCGAGGGGGGCCAUCAACUGGGAUUCAGUUAACUUGCGACAUUAAGCCAGGCACAAAUGAGGUCAAUUCUGAAGACGCAUUAGUGCUGCAUUUGCACUUGGCAAAGGGUCAGGACAAACUGGUUGCAGAGCUGCAGGGACAGCAAGAGGGGGUUAAACAAAUCCAGAGCACACUGAGAGAACAGCAAAGUGCUCUGUUAGCCCACCAAAGGGAAAUACUGGACCAACAGCGGAUCAUGUUUGAAAAGAUGGAGGAAGUCAAGACUCAGUACAGCCGCCUUCUUGACAGUGUCAAACAUUUGACAGUAGUAAGCCCACAUGGAGGAAAUUUGGAAGGUCUCCAAUCUCAGGUUAGAACCUAUUCUCAAGAAGCCUUCGCAAUGCAUAAGAUGAACAUGGAUGCUAGUGUUACGGAUGCUGACAGACCUCUUAUUGGAUGUGGAUCCUGCCAAACAGAUGAGUAUUGUGACUUCAGCGCUGAGAAGUCACGUUGUGAGAAAUGCACCGUUUGCCCUCCAGGAUUCUUUCUGGUUGCUCAGUGUUCAACUCAUGCUGACAGGAUCUGCCAGGACAGAGACGAAUGCCUAGAGAUACCAAAUCUAUGUAAAGAACACAACCAGUGCCUCAACACUCCAGGAGGGUUUCGCUGCUCCGACAUGACGGAGAGGCAAGCAGCUGCUGGGAUGUGUGGCCACUCUUAUUUUUACAACUCUGAAAUGGAGGAGUGUCAAGCUUGUACAGAAUGUGAUUCUCAGCCAAUGAUAUCCCCAUGCUCAGCGGUGAGUGAUGCAGUGUGUGCCAACCCAUCCGAAAGUAAACUCUCUCUUUCCUGGUCAGGAAGUGUCUACCUUCCUAAGGGUAGUGAGCUUACCGAUAAGCAACUUCACAUCCGUGGGAACAGCGACGGACGCCUUCUUUCUUGCACGGAUGGUUGGAUAGUCCUCCACCAGCAUGGGCUUGUUUGGGUUGACCAUAACCUUGCUUUAAAACAUGGCUGCCGCAGCUUUGUUCAAGCGUGUUUACGACUGAAUGCCAGUGAAGAUGGAGGUCGGGAUUUGAGUGGUAUGCGUUUGGAGCAGCGGGACACCAGGUCUCUCCAAAGCGCCAGUGUGAGUGGAGCCACGGCCGUGGAGCCGGGACACAUACUUUACCUUUCACUCAAGAGUGCCACCAACCAGUGUAGCCAAAACAAUGAUGAAGUACACCUUCAGAGCAGCCUAUUGUCACCUUUCAGUCUGCUCUGGUUGUCCCAUGACACAGGUGCAGUGGCUAUGACUGCCCAGGCCGUUGCCUCUGCACAUUACCACACCAACUACCGUCCUGCCUUCCGAACUUCAUCCAUCUCUGACCCCUAUGUGGUCAGUCUGACCCAUGACAAUCGCGGGGUGCGCUUCAGGGAAAGUGGCACUGUGAAGUUUGUCCUUCAGCAAGCAUUGUACUCCAUGGGUCAAGCCUGCAUCUCAGAGGGUUUCUACUUACUUGCAUACCUGAACCGCAAUGGGAGCAGUGCCGAGCUGACUCGUGCAUUCAAGCCUGGCGUUCACUACAGAGACACAUCCAUAUCUCUGUCAGCUGCCACCACUGUGGAUUCUGGAGAUAUGCUCACCUUCGAGAUCCUCGCACCUACACAGUGCAACGUUCGCUACUUUGGCGAUGACUCUGGGAUUAGCAUCCUCAGUCUUCUUUGGAUCCCUUCUUCGAUGUCCACAGCCUUGUCAGCUUCUGUGUCCAGAAAAGGUCUUCCUACAGGUGCAGUUAGGAAUAAGGCCUUGUUCUUCCAUCAAAUGACUACAUCAGUUAAACAGGUUGCACUUACUGGAACCAAAGAUCACAGAGACUUCAUCUUUCGGGAAGCGGGGACAGCUAGCGUGGCCUUAGAUCUUCGGCUUAUCCAUUCUUGCAGUUUGAUCAAACUCACCUUGCUUCAGCAGAAUGGGUCUCAGGGGAUUGAACCAGCUCCUGUAGCUCAACAAAUUGGUGGGCAAAUGCCAGAGGGAAGUUUGUGGGCAAGUGUGGGACUGAGGGUAUCGUUUCAGGUGCGUAACGGCACUGUAAUCUUUGCUAUAGUGGAUUGUGUGAGGGGGCGUAUUAACCAAAUUGCCUAUGAUGCCGGAAGUAGCAUUUCUAUCCUAUGGGCCGCUGCAUGAUCUUAGCAUGAUUCAGCUAGCAUGCAGAUCUAUGUAUGUUAUGAAUUUAGCCUGUUUUUUGUUAUGUUUUAUUUAGAGAUUAAUUAGUCAAUGAAUAGGUUGGAUGUUGAAAAUAUUUUCUAACUUUUACAGCCAAAUAUGCUUUAGAGUAGAUUAUUAUGCUUUUUAAAUAGAAAAAGUGUAACUUUUUCAUGAUUAUUUACAGAUUUGAAUGUGAUUGUUGUAUGUUUUGAUUCCAUCAGUUUUGUAUGACAUUUUCCUUUUAUUAUGGUGGCUUGAGAAAGCCAACAUACUGUUAUUCUACAUAAACUUAUUCUUCUUCCAUUCUCUUCUGAGACCUCCAAACUGCUCUGACUUGGGUUGCUAUAUCUUUUCCAACUCAUACAACUUAUGGUUUUCCAAAAACUGACUAGGAAAAUUUGGAAAAGUCCCAUUGACUUAACAUUGGACCAAACUUUGUGACCUCAUAACUUUGCGCCAGACUGUCAUGCAGACUUAAGGCUGGGCUCAUUUAACUCAGACUACCAAUCUGCCAAUCCCUGAUGACCUAUCAACUUACUAUCCACCCUAGUAACCGCUUACAACACCCUAGCAUCUGUCCCAUAGUCUUCCAUUGUGAAAAAAGACUGCUAUUGACUUUACAUUGGACAUAAUAACAACACGGCAAUUCAUACCAGCAAUAUAAUUAAACCUUACUCGAAACAUACUAACAAACAGAAUAACAAUAUACAAUUCAUACCAAAAUCAUGCUAACAACAUGCUAGUUUAAACCAUAGAUAUUUACAUUAGAUGUCGUCUACCCUGUUGUUGUUUAUUGAAAGGAAUGCAUCAAUAGAGUCGCCAUUUCAGUACAUUGUAGCACUCCUUUGAAAUGAAUGCAGGACCAAGGUGCAGUGUAGGAUUGGCCAUCCAGAGCCAGAGAUAUAUAAACAUAUAUACACAUAUAUCUAUGAUCAGGAGUUCCUAGAAACUGCCCAGCAACGCCUUAGCAACUACUCAGAACACUAUCAACUUAGCAACCACCUAACAACAACUCAGAAGACCUUAGCAACCACCUAGCAAUGGCUUAGCAACCACUCAGAACACCCUAGCAAAGCUUUAACAACCGCCUAGCAAUAUCUAUGCCAACUUUUUUAAUCUUCUUAAAAACUACUUUCAUUCAUUCAUUUUCUUUUCAGCUUAGUCCCUUCAUUAAUCCGGGGUCGCCACAGCGGAAUGAACCGCCAACUUAUCCAGCACAUGUUCCACGCAGCGGAUGCCCUUCUAGCUGCAACCCAUCUCUGGGAAAACAUCCAUAUACACUCAUUCACUAUGGACAAUUUAGCCUACCCAAUUCACCUGAAACGCAUGUCUUUGGACUUGUGGGGGAAACCGGAGCACCCGGAGGAAACCAACGUGAACGCAGGGAGAACAUGCAAACUCCACACAGAAACGCCAACUGACCCAGCCGAGGCUCGAACCAGCGACCUUCUUGCUGGGAGGCGACAGCUCAAACUUCAAACUUUCAGACAGGCGUCAUGGUGGCGCAGUGGGUAGCACGACUGCUACCGGGUUAGUUGACUCUGUGUGGAGUUUGCAUGUUCUCCCUGUGUUCGAAUUUGGCAUCUUACCGCACAACACGACAUGUUUGCUAUUGCAACCGGUCUUUUUUUGCAACCGGUGUGCGCGGUUGAACCCGUAUGGGGUCAUGUGUGACGUAGGUUGGUAAUUCCCCUAAAGGUGAAUUGAAUAAGCUAAAUUGGCCAUAGUGUAUGAGUGUGAAUGAAAAAGUGUAUAAGUGUUUCCCAGUGUUGGGUUGUGGCUGGAAGGGCAUCCGCUGCGUAAAACAUAAGCUAGAUAAGUUGGCGGUUCAUUCCGCUGUGGCGAAUGAACUUUCAGACUCGACUUUCUCAAGCCACCAUACAGUUUGUCUACAAACUUUACUUUUCUAGAUGUAUUUGCACUUUCAACAAAUGUGUCAUCUAAAUAAGUCUGAAUCUGAACGUAUUUUAAAUGUGGUCAAGCAUGUUUUGUAUUAUCCCAGCAUUUACAAAUAAAACUUUCUGUGGUA